CUUGGUACUCUACUACACUCUUUCCAAACGCAACUUCACAGCAAAAUGAAUGCAGAAAGCCAGAAACCCCUUUCAUAGCUCACUCUCUCAUCUCUCAAAAUUUCGGGCGAAAACCCUCAAAAUCUGUCAAUUGAAAAAGAAAAAUGGCGGAUAAGGGCAAAGGGAUCGCUGAUGAUUAUUCAUCAGGGAAACGGAAGCACGAUGGAGACGAUAAAUCUGCUUACCGGAAGAGAAAAAACCUCAAUGUCCUCCAGUUCUUCGAGGAUUCCGCUUUCGAAAACGAGGAGAGCGAUUCUAGUGACGAUGACGUUUUUAUAAAUGACGUGUUUCUUGAAGAUGACUUUGGCCCAGAUAUCGAAGUCAAGGCUGAACCAAAGACUCCUAACAUUCCCUUUUUUCCUAAAGAAGAGGAGAUGGAUGAAGAUGAACUGGAGAAAAUCGUAGAAGAGCGUUAUAAACCAGGUUCUACUUUUGUUAGAUACGCAGAAGACCAAACUACUGAAGCUCCAAGGUCGGAUGAAAAGAACACAUAUAUGUUAUAUUCGAAGGAUCCAACAAUCUGGAAAGUCAAAUGCAUGGUUGGAAGGGAGAGGCAUUCAGCUUUUUGCCUCAUGCAGAAGUAUGUUGACUUGAAGGCUCUCGGAACUAAGCUGCAAAUAGUUUCUGCAUUUGCUGUUGAGCAUGUGAAGGGCUUUAUUUACAUUGAAGCUGAAAAGCAAUCUGAUAUUAAUGAGGCAUGUAAAGGUCUUUGCAAUAUAUAUCCAAGCCGAGUGGCUCGUAUUCCAGCUUCUGAUGUUCCACAUUUGUUCUCUGUUCGAAGCACUUACAGUGGGGUAAAAGUGGACACCUGGGCUCGUGUGAAAAAUGGGAAAUACAAGGGAGAUCUAGCACAGGUUGUGAGUGUGAAUGUGACUGGAGCUCAGAAGAAAGUUACUGUUAAGCUUGUCCCAAGAAUAGACCUAGAAGCUGUUGCUGAAAAAUUUGGUGGAGGAGUUAAUGGGAAGAAAAAAACAAUACCAGCUCCUAGAUUGAUUCCUUCCAGUGAACUUGAGGCAUAUCGACCACUAGUUCAAUAUAGACAUGAUCGUCAAACGGGAGAUACAUAUGAGGUUUUUGAUGGAAUGACACUGAAAGAUGGCUACCUUUACAAAAAAGUGCCAUUGGAUUCAUUGAGUUUCUGGGAUGUCAGGCCUACUGAAGCUGAGCUUAUAAAAUUUAUGCCUGCCAAUAAAGAAGAAUCCAAUGAUGUAGAGUGGCUUACUGGACUUUUUGGUGAACGUAAAAAGAAAAAACAAACAGUAAAUAACGAUAAAACAGGUGAAAAAGGAGAGGGGAGCUCCAGCAUGGAGAAUAGUUUUGAAGUUCCUGAUCUUGUGUUCCAUGGUCGCAAGUCAUUUGGGAUUGUAAUUGGGAGAGAGAAGGAUGACCGCAUUAAGAUUUUGGAGGAAGGUACAGAACGGAUGGUGGUAGUGGCAGUUGAAGCUCGUUUGUUAAAGAAGGCUGAUUUUGAUAAGAAAUUCAAUGCCUUGGAUCAACAUAAAAAGAUCAUAUAUAUGAAUGACACUGUGAGGGUCUUGGAAGGUCCACUAGAGGAUAAACGAGGAAUUGUCAAGCAAAUAUACAAAGGGGUUGUGUUUGUAUAUGAUGAGACUCUACAGGAAAAUUGUGGUUACUUUUGUGCCAAGGCACAGAUCUGUGAAAAAAUGGCAUCUUCUAUGGAUUCUUAUAAAGGAAAGGGUGGUAAAUCAGGUGGGUCUGGUUUUGAUGAUGUCCCAUCAUCACCCAAGUCCCCUUUAUCACCUAAGAAACCUUUUGAAGGGAUUGAUAAUAACCGCAACUUUGAAGAUAAAGAAGGUUUCUCUGUUGGGCAGUCAUUGAGAAUACGUGUGGGCCCCCUAAAGGGAUACAUGUGCCGUGUCAUGGCAAUUCGAUAUUCAGAUAUCACUGUCAAGCUUGAUUCCCAGCACAAGAUUCUGACAGUUAAAGCUGAGCAUCUUGCUGAGGUUAAAGGAAAAAGUUCUGGGGUUUCCACUGGGGAUGGGCAGGAUUCUGCAAAGCCAUUUGAUUUGCUGGGUGAGCCUGGGAGCUCUCAAGGAUGGAUGGAUGGAGGAGCGGCAUCUGAGCCUGGAGGUGGUGGUGGAGGCUGGAAUACUGGAGGCCAAACUACUGAAAGGAGUUCUUGGGCACCUUUUCCUGCAGCAGGCUCAUCGCUUCAACCAGAAUCUGGUUCUGCAAAUCCUUUUGGUUCCACGGAUAAUGAUGCCAGUAAAGAUGGUGGAGGUUCUGCAUGGGGUGCAGCUGCUGCUAGUGAAAAGAAAGAAGCUGGUGGCGGGUGGGGAGUGAGUUCAAGUGGUGCUAAAACUGAAAAUUCAGAUGAGGGAGGAUGGGGAAAGGCUGCUGCUGCUGCUGGUGGUGAGAAGAAGCCAGCUUGGGGUUCAGCUGCUGCACCUGCAACUGAAACUGGUGGAUGGGGCAGCAAUGCUGGCGGCAGUAACGAUGGUGAAGGGAAGUCGUCAGCUUGGGGCUCAGCUGCUGCAGCUGCACCUGCAACUGAAACUGGUGGAUGGGGUGCCAAUGCUGGCGGCAGUAACGAUGGUGCAGGGAAGUCAGCUUGGGGAUCAGCUGCUGCUGCUGCACCUGCAACUGAAACUGGUGGGUGGGGUGCCAAUGCUGGUGGCAGUAAUGAUGGUGCAGGGAAGUCAGCUUGGGGUUCAGCUCCUGCAACUGGAAGUGGUGGAUGGGGUGCCGCCACGAAAAAAGAUGAAGAUACUGGGGGAUCUUCAUGGGGUAAGAAGGUUUCAGAUGAAGGUGGGUCUGGGGCUGGUGGUGGUUGGGGGAAAAGUGUGUCUGUGACCGGGGGUGAAUCUGGAAAGUGGGGGGGAAGUGCUGACAAGGAAGCUGAAGGUGGAUCUGGUUCUGGUUGGGGUAGUAAAAAAGAUGAAGGGGGGUCAUCAUGGGGUAAGGCAGGUGGUGGAGGGGGGUCUUCAUGGGGUAAUCAAGAUGGUGGAUCUUCUUGGAGCAAGCAGGAUGGAGGUGGUGGUGGUGGCAGAGGUGGUAGCCAAGGAGGCCGUGGCAGUGGUGGCUGUUUUAAGUGUGGUGAAUCGGGGCAUAUGUCUCGGGAGUGCCCACAGGGUGGCGGUGGAGGUGGCGGGAAGUCUUGCUUUAAAUGUGGUGAGUCGGGGCAUAUGUCUCGAGAAUGCCCCCAGGGUGGUGGUGGUGGUGGAGGCGGCGGCGGUGGCAGAAGUUGCUACAAGUGUGGCGAGUCGGGGCAUAUGUCUAGAGAAUGCCCCCAGGGUGGCGGCGGUGGCGGAAACUGCUACAAGUGUGGGAAUGCCCUCAGGGUGGCGGGGGUGGUGGCGGCCCAAAAUCUUGUUUCAAAUGUGGAGAGAGUGGGCAUAUGUCUAGGGAAUGCCCUCAGGGUGGCGGGGGUGGUGGUGGUGGCCCAAAAAGUUGUUUCAAAUGUGGUGAGACAGGGCAUAUGUCUCGGGAAUGCCCCCAGGGCGGGGGUGGUGGUGGAGGUGGAGGUGGCAGAAAUUGCUACAAGUGUGGUGAGAGUGGGCAUAUGUCUAGAGAAUGCCCUCAGGGUGGGGGCGGCGGCGGCGGUGGUGGUGGCAGAAGUUGCUACAAGUGUGGUGAAAGCGGUCAUAUGUCUCGGGAAUGCCCGCAAGGUGGUGGUGGUGGAGGUGGAGGCGGAGGCUUUGGUGGUGGUGGUGGUGGUGGUGGUUGGGGGUCUUCAGGAGGUACCCAAUCAACUGGCUGGAGCAGUGGUAAUCAAACAGGGGGUGGUUGGGGAAGUAAGCAAGCCUCAGAUGCAGGUGAGAAGAAAGGUGAUGCACAAGGAAGUGGAUGGAGCGGUGGUGCAGGAGGAGGAGGUUGGGGUGGUAGUUCAAAGACUUCUGAUGCACAAGGAAGCGGCUGGGGCGGCGAUCAAACAGGAGGAGGAGGAGGAGGAUGGGGUUCUAAUAAGAAGAAGGAUGAUGCAGCAGCAGAAGGAAGUGGUGGCUGGAAGAAGGGAGGAUGGUCAUAACAAGUUUAACAGAUGGAUGUUUGGUGAAGACGUUAAUUAUGGAGGCUUUUUAUCGCUUAGCUUGAAUUUUCGAAUAUAAUAUUUAAACCUGGUUGUCGAAUUUGGUUUUGAUUCUAGGUGUUGUACUCCCUCAACUUUUGAAUUUAUUUAUGGAUGAUGAAACUUGCUUGUUUAUAUGUAUGCAUGUUUCUAAUUUGGCAUUAUUGCUUUGAAUCAUGG